AUUGUUGCAAGAUUCAAUGUACUUAUCCUUUUUAGUAGGUAAAACUUUAAUUUUACACAAUGUCUCAGCAUUCAGAAAAAGAGUGUAUUGACGCUAACACAACAAAUAUUGGUCUUUGCACAUCUCCUUUAAAUAAAUGUGUAUGGAAUAUGGCUAACACAAGAGUAUUAUUAGAUUUAUGGAAAGAUAAUAACAAAGCAUUAACAUCUGCAAGAAGAAACACAAAUAUUUACAAACAAAUGGCAGCUGAAUUUUCAAACACAUUUAAUAUCGUACCUCUGUUAACUGGAUAUCAAAUUCAAUAUAAAAUUAGUAAUUUGAGGAAACAAUUUAGACGAGAAAAACUUCAAGUUGAUUCAUCGGGAGGAGCUCCUAGUAAAUGGUGGCCUUACGAUAUUGUUGCCAAAAUAAUAGGUAGUGAAGCUUCCCUUGACAAUGACCUUUUAUCUCAAAGUCAAAACUUUUCUACUCAAGAUUUUCAAGAUGGUCAGGGAAGGAAGGGAGUAAAAUGACUUCAAGUCAAGUCUUUUAAAGUUAAGAGAUAAAUUUUGAUUGAAACAUGAUUUAUAAUCAUUUCUCAAAUGUGUAAUUUUUUUAAUGUGUAUAUUUUAUUUACAGAUUGCCACAAUGGAAGAUGGCAAGGAGACUGUCAGUAUUUUAAAUAUUGA